CAGAAACAACUGAAAAAAUUUGAGACGAUUUACAAUUACACUUUGAGUUUGUUCUACAAUUUACUGGGUUUCAAAAAUCUGAAACUUGAAGAAUUCUCUGCUAAAUUACUGUGAAAUAGUUUCUGCAAUUAAUUAGCAAUGGAUGAAGUGAGAUCAGCAAUGGAAGAUCACAUGAAUCAAAUCGCGGAUCUUGUUCAGAAGUUGUCCGAUGAACUUCGUUCUGGCUUCGCACCUGCUUAUGAUAAUUUCAUGGGUUUCUUCCACGCCAUUGAUUGGAAGGAGCCGUGGUUGAUGGGAUUAUUGGGAUUCUAUGUGUUUCUGUUGCUAACUAUUAUCUUCUCCAGGAGACAUGUCAACUUCCAAAUGUGCCUAUUCCUUCUUGCUUUGUCUGGUGUAUAUCUUGCUGAACGAUUGAACCGGUUUCUGGGUGCUCAUUGGGAAAGUUUUGCUACUCAGAACUAUUUUGACCCACAAGGGCUUUUUCUCUCUGUCUUAUGGUCUGGUCCACUUCUUGUAAUUGCAAUGUUAAUCUUGAUAAAUACCCUCUUCUCAUUGUGCCAUCUGAUUGUUCGGUGGAAAAGGGCUGAGCUUAGACACCGUGCAAGACUUGAGAAGAAGGAGAAUUGAAGUUGUAUUCAAAGGUAGUGUCAAUUGACUGAGGUUCGUCUGUUGAUGAAAAGGCAAAGUUUGUUUAGUGCAAGGUAUAUGAUCACAGCAUGGCCUAUUGUUUGAUGCUCAUCUAAAGCACCUUUUAAAGCGAAUUACUAGUGUUGGACUUAUAGGUCGUGGCUUAGUAGCCCCUAUCAUUUUUUCUGGUGUGGAUCUGCAGCCAAGUGAACUACAUUGUAGCAAGUAAUUUUUGCAUUUAGCCUGUUUGCAAGUUAAAGAAAUUGUUAUAUAGGUAGUGACAGCUUAGAAAUAUAACCACCCUCUGUUUUGGGUUGAUGAUUUCUUGAACUUUUAGAUUACGGUCCUGUCUUUGUUAGUGAAAGAUACGGGUAUUUUAUUGGCUAUGUAAAACGAUUUAUACAUUUCUUGAUUAUUAUUUCAAAUUAGAGCUCCUUGUACCAGUUCAUACUAUUUACUAUGUUAUCAUCCUUAUCAUUACCACCUAUGUCCAUGAUGUAUCUACAAAUUUUACUAAACCAA